AGCAGCCCAGUUACUUAUUUUAAGUGAGUUGCUAUAUGCAAAAAUGCCAACCUUGGAUGACAUUCUAGAGCAUAUUGGGGAAUUUGACUUGUUCCAGAAGCGAGCCUUUUUUGUUUUAUGCCUGCUGUCAGCCUCCUUCACCCCUAUUUACGUAGGUGUCGUCUUCCUGGGGUUCACUCCUGAACACCGCUGUCUCAGUCCUGGAGUUGCUGAGUUGAGCAGCCGAUGUGGCUGGAGUCUAGCAGAGGAGCUGAAUUACACCGUUCCAGAGCAGGGGAGACAUGGGGAGUCUCUCUCUAGUCAGUGCAGGAGGUACGACGUGGACUGGAACACAACUGGCCUCAGCUGCACAAACCCCUUAGAAAACUUCACUGGUUAUGGCAACAGGAGCAGUAUCCCUCUUACCCCCUGUCAGGAUGGCUGGGUUUACGAUUCUUCAGGAUCAUCCAUCGUGACUGAGUUUAACCUGGUGUGUGAGGACUCCUGGAAACUGGAUCUCUUUCAGUCUUGUGUGAACAUUGGAUUUUUUAUUGGCUCCAUAAGCAUUGGCUACGUAGCAGACAGGUUUGGUCGUAAAUUAUGCCUGUUAAUUACAAUCCUUGUCAAUUCCAUUUCUGGAGUUCUCGUGGCCUUUGCACCAAGCUACACGUGGAUGCUGAUCUAUCGUUUCAUACAAGGACUGGUCAGCAAGGGGGGCUGGUUAACAGGCUACAUACUGAUCACAGAAUUUGUUGGCUUAAGCUAUAGAAGGACAGUAGGAAUUGUUUACCAAGUAGCCUUUACUGUUGGACUCCUCGUACUCUCUGCUAUUGCUUAUAUGAUUCCUCACUGGAGAUGGCUGCAGCUCACUGUUACUCUGCCAAACUUUUUCUUCUUGCUCUAUUACUGGUGUCUGCCAGAGUCACCAAGGUGGCUGAUAGCUCAACAGAAAAAUGACAAAGCCAUGAAAAUUAUUAACCGUAUUGCCAAGGGAAAUGGGAAAAAGGUGCCUCCCUCUUUACAGAGUCUCAACCCUGAAGAGGAAGAUGGGGAAAAGCUGAGCCCUUCAUUUCUAGACUUGGUCAGAACACCUCAGAUAAGGAAACAUACACUCAUUCUGAUGUACACUUGGUUCACAAGCUCUGUUCUGUACCAGGGGCUCAUCAUGCACAUGGGGAUUGCUGGUGGGAACAUUUAUCUGGAUUUCUUCUAUUCUGCUCUGGUUGAAUUUCCAGCCGCCCUCAUACUCAUACUCACAAUUGAUCGCAUUGGCCGUCGCUAUCCCUGGGCUGCAGCAAAUCUGGUGGCAGGGGCUGCUUGCCUUAUUACAGCUUUCAUCCCAGACGAUAUCUAUUGGUUAAAAAUUACUGCAGCUUGCUUGGGCAGAAUGGGAAUUACCAUGUGCUAUGAAAUGGUUUGCCUAGUGAAUGCAGAAUUGUACCCAACAUUUCUCAGGAACCUGGGAGUACUUGUCUGUUCUUCCAUGUGUGAUAUUGGUGGGAUCAUAACUCCAUUCAUUGUCUACAGACUGGCAGAGAUCUGGCAUGAACUGCCACUUGUAGUUUUUGCUGUGGUUGGUUUAAUUGAUGGUGGACUGGUUCUGCUCCUACCUGAGACCAAAGGGAAAACUUUGCCUGAGACCAUAGAAGAUGCUGAAAACAUGCACAGACAAAGAAAGCGCAAAAAAGAAGUGGUUUACCUGCAUGUUUUAACAACAGAAGUUGCACCAAAUUAAGUUAAAGAGCUGCUUCUCCCAGGGCCUGCUUUUGAUGGCGCAUUAAUAGACUGAGGACAGAACAUUUAUAUGAUAUAAACCAUCUACUGUCAUCAUGUCUUUAUUCUGCUUUAAUACUUGCUACACGUCCUUAGGACAACAGACCACUGGUUAUCAUUCUCAGAGCUGCAUCUGUGACACACAUCUGCCUUCCACCACUGAUCAUUACUACUAGCUGUAGCUCAGUCCAGGACACUUAGACCGUGGCUUCACUACCACUUACACUGGCAACAUUUAUGUCGCUCAGGGGUGUGAAAAAACACAGCCCUCCCGCGAGUGACAUACAUUUCACCAGCAUAAGUGGCAGCAUGCAAUCUCCUGCUGCCAUAGCUACUGCUGCUCAGAGGUGGUUGCAUUACGGUGGCGGGAGAGCUCUCCCCCAUCGGCAUAGAGCGGCUACAUGAGUGAUCUUACAGCAGUGCAGCUACACCGGUACUGCUGUAAACUCCCUAGUGUAGACAUGGCCUUAGGGUUUCCAGAGGCUAUUUGUAGGCCAACUAUUACAAAAAUAAACAGCUCUCCGAGUCCUGCAUGGUAUCCUCAAGCCUUUAUUGCCUAGAAAUCCCACCAGGAUCAACUAUGCAGGGAACACAAAAAUUGGAGGGCAACCAGGAAUACACAGAGCCAAAGUGUAAAGUGGAGAGAACAGAGCAGAGGAGAGGCUGCAGGAAAACUGGCGAGUUGUUACUGACCAAUGUAAAAGCAUCCAGUUAAAGAGAGGAGACAGACACAAGAUGGGGAUGGGUGGAUGGUACCAAGAAGCCGUUCCCAUUGCAUUAAAGAAAGUUCAUGCUCAUCUAGCCUCUUUACUUUCCUAAUAUUACUGUUGCACAUAAUCCUGCACUAUAGGUACCACAGGGGAGCUGUGAGAUCAGGACUAGGAGAGAGAUGGGCCACAAAAGAUCUCUAGUUGGAAAAUCAUGGCACUAGGGCUUCUGAGCCGGAAGGAUCCCCCAUACACCCUGGUACUGUAAAGCCAAGCAUUGCUCUCCUUCUGUACAUGGUUCUGAUCACAUCCAUCAUCUCACAUGGGUGUUUCCCUUCUGAUCACUCCC